AUGGCAAAAACAGCUUUGUAUAUACUUUUGGCUACCACAGCUGUGUCCGCCGUACAAGUUGGAAUUGCACCUUCAGUGGCUACAAGUUACAUAUACAGAAACGACAACAAUGGGCCAGCUAGCUACGUCCAAUUGGGACCACAGGCACCUUACCAUCCAGCUCAUGGUGCAUUUGCCGCACCUUUACCUUUGGCUCAACCCAUCAAAGCAUUCGAAGCAUACAACCUUCAUCCGGUCCCUCUGCCGUACGUGGCUGCCAAGCCUAUAGUUGUUGAAGACGCCGAAGAAGACGAUGAAGAUGACAGUGAUGAAUCUUCAGAAGAAUACCUUGACGGAGGAGAUCAUUUGGAAGGUCUGAGCCAUGGAGGUCACGGUCAUAGUUUUACCAAAGGCGGUGGUAGUGACUACGGUGAACAACAUCAUUCUGCCCACGGAGAAAAGGGCGGUAAGGGAUACAAAGUUCAAGAUCACCAUGCUAAAGGUGAAUCGGGACAUUACGGCAAGGAGCAUCACGAAGGUCACUACGACGAAGCUAAAGGUGGCAAGAAAGGACAUCAUGAUGAAGGUGCUGUCCAUGGUAAACACUAUGAGUCUGGUGAAAACUACAAGGGCGGUGACCAUGGGCAUAAACAACACUUCAGCAAAGGAGAAGAUAUUACUGGUUACCACAAGGUGUUCCACAAGGAUGAGUUCAAGAAAGAUCACGACUUUUAUGACGUUGCCGAUAACAGUGGACACUACAACAAGCAUGCCUCUGAGAAAGGACACCAUGGAUCUGAGAAAGGUGGUCACAAAGAAGGAGGCCAUCAAGAUUCAGCUUUCGAUAAGGGUGGUUUUGGGAAAGCUGGAUUUCAUGCUAAGGGACAUAUUGAUGAUAAGAAACAUGGUCAUUCUGCUGAGGCAGGUAAUGAAGUUCAUUACCACGAAGAAGGCGAGCAUGGGAAGAAGGGUGGCAGUUCCCAUGAAAAGGAAUAUGAAUUCGCCGAAGAUGAUGAUGAUGAUUACGAAGACGAAGACCACGAAUAA